AUGUUGUACUUCUACCAUUCGCAGACAUCCUCAUCAUAUUCAUCUUUUUCCUCGUCCUUGUCCCCGAUACAACCACUCAGUUAUUUGUCGGUCUUGGCAACCACGGUGGGUUUUGAUAUGAUAGAUGCAUUUGCGCAAUCCCAGGGUAUACCCCUGACUACACAUUACUUCAAAGCACUCUUUGGUGAAGGGAUGGUUGAUGGAGUCCCUGUUCUUCUUGCCAAGCCCCAGACUUAUAUGAAUCUCAGUGGAGAAUCUGUUGGUCCACUUGCUGCCUAUUAUAAACUGCCACUUAAUCGUGUCCUAGUGUUCUCCGUUUACAGCCAAAAGGAGGUUUUGGACGGCAUAAUGGGAAUUGGACGGCCACCUGGCCAGAUGGAUCCUAAAGCCUUUGUUCUUCAGAAGUUCAAUAGGACUGGUCGUGAACGGAUUGAUUCAGCCAUAAGAGAGGGUGUCGAUAUUCUGAAGAUGGUGGCCACCAAGGGUUUGACAGAGGCGGCAAGAUUGUCAAAUGCAGAUCAGAAGUAUAAGCAUCUGAGAUCACAUGAUAUUCAGACUAACGAUGACUAG